CCGAGUCUCCUCAGUCGCAAAGUAUGGACGCACCUUUGUAAAGUGCAGAUUGUGCUUAUAAAAGGUGUUGGUUUUAGUGUGGCAGAAGAUAUCAUAGAUUUGUCGAGGUCUAGAGCUGGUGAAUCCGACGCUGUACCCGUGGAAAAAGUCCUCCGAAAGGAGUCCGCCGGUAGAUCGCCAUUCCAUGUAUUGCCUAUGUCCUACAGAACGGGAAUACGUGACGUUGUGUAUGAAUCGGCCAAGCAACGUGUAAUCGUUGCUGAAUAUCGAAAUGCUAUCACGCAGCAACAGAUCAUUGCUUUUACCCAUGAAAUCGACCGAAUGGCAACGAAGGACGAGUCUGGCAACGGUCACGUCUUGAUCUCGGACUUAUACUCCGUACUAUCUCGUUCUCCACCAGAAGUUCGAAAAUGCUUUGGAUCUCGAGUGAUCAACAAAUUGGUGCUCUCCAGUGAUACAUCAAAUGGAUGUGUAUCAUGUCAUCUUUUAGCUGAGUACUUGACUGCUUGUUGUCGGCGGUCACAACAGUUUCUUUUCGUACAGAAUGCUGCCCGUUCCACCGAGUAUAUUACGACAAAUGAAUUCCUCGAUCUCGUCAUGGCAGAAAUUUCGAACAAGUUAUCAUGGGAAAGCGGAAUGAAGGACUGUCCAUUCUACUAUGCGGUCUUCAUAGAGCGAUGUGUUUUCUUUCAGCUCGAUCCACAAAGAACAGGGAAGAUAUCGAUAUUGGAGCUUGCCUCCACGGGACUUCUCGAUGACCUUUUUGAAGUACUAAGUCAACAGGAACGUGAUCCUGCCGAUAACUCAUGCAGUGCAAGUGUUCAGUCGGUCGAUUUUGGAGACUCCUGGAGCAGUUCCGUACUUGUGAUAGAGAUGGUUCUGGAAUGGUGUCUCUCGAAGAAUGUCGUGCAUAUAGAGAUGGAACAAUUACGCCUUUGUUCUUGGAGAGGGUGUUUGCCAAUCAAAUUUUGUAUGGUGACCAGUCACCACACGAGAAUGGACUUUCGUGGAUUCGUAGACCUCGAUGCUGCGAUCACGUCGAAAAACCAGCCAGCGUCUAUAAGGUGGCUGUUCCGUAUGCUAGAUUUGAGGGACGAUGGUGUACUGGAUCGUGGCGAAAUUAAAAUGAUGGUUCAAAGCAUGUUGGAGAAUCUAUCUGCCAUGGAGAACUGGGCCGUGAAUUUCAAGGCUGAUGAUAUAGUGGAUGAAAUCAUCGAUAUGAUAAAUCCAGCUGAGCCAAACAGGAUAGUGGUUGAUGACGUGCUAGCCUGCAACAUGGCGGAGACAGCGCUCGGCAUUCUUGUAGACUACGAUGCCUUCUUGAAAUACGAAAAUCGAGAAGAGGAAGCUGCCAAUAGCUAG